AUGCUAUCAUCGAAGCAACAACUGGCAGCCGUGCUGCUGAUGGCCGGGCGCGCGCUGGGACUGAACUUUACAAUUUCUAAUGGCCAGAUCUUUACACCUGGUUUCGUGGUGCUGGAUGCCCCUCAACCGAACACGCCGCUUGGAGGAGACGUGACCGCUAACGGCAAGCUGCCGUUGCCACCGUAUGACGAAGAUGACGAUAACCAGAUCUUCAGUGUCGAAAUGUUCCUCUACAGUUACAUGACAGGUCGCAACUUGACCAUCUCCAAUGGAACGGCGACCGCUAAUAAUGCAAGUCUCGGGGAGAUCAUGGCCCAAGAACCAGGCAGCACGGUCAAGCAUAUCAACUGGGUGUGGCCUGACUGUCUUGUUGGCGAUGGAAAACCUGAAGGAGAUAGUGACCGUGGUGUUUACAACAUUUCCAUCCGACAAAACUUUAGGCUCAACGGCGAUAACCACUACACCAUCUUCGAUGUUCCAAUCAAUGUCACCAACUCGAUUCCUGAGGAUGGUGAUCGGCCGUCUUGCACUGAGCUAUCGAAUGAUAUACUCUCGCCCGAAGAAAUCGACGCAGAGGCAGCUAAUGAAGUGGGCGUUUUGUUUGCGCCAGGGGACUCGACCGAGCUUGAAGCCAGCGGUGAGGAUUCGAAGGGAUCUGUCCUAGAUUCGAAGGUGGCGGUAUAUGCUGGAUUGGUGGGUUUGUUCGUGGCGAUUUAA